UGUAGAUAAGCGCAUAUCAUGAGGGAUGAAUGAAAAAAUAUAUCGCUUAAUCUAUUUAGUGACACAUUCAAGUGUACGAUCCGUUAUGAUAAGGCGGAAACAAAUGUAACAAUUUUGUAUAUUUUUGGCGACGUAAACGGCAAAAUGGCUAAUCAAAAAUUAAUGUUGGGAGACUACAUAUGGGCGAAACAACUAUCCGGAGACGAGUUUGAUAUCCCGAUAGGUGGUAAAAUAGUUGCAGUAGAAUCCAGCAGAGUGAAGAUUCAAGAUGACGACCAAAAGGAAAUGUAUAUUUCCAAUCAACAGGUGCUCAAAAAUAUGCACGUGUCCUCGAUCAAGGGAGUUGAAGAUAUGAUCAACCUUGGAGAUCUUCAGGAAUAUGCAAUCCUAAGAAAUCUUCAUAAAAGAUAUAAGGAAAAGUUGAUUUAUACAUAUACGGGUUCUAUGUUAAUAGCUAUCAAUCCCUAUGAGCUCCUUCCAAUCUAUACAAAUGCUCUAAUAAAAGAAUACAGAAACCAAAAUACCGAAGACCUGUUACCGCAUAUCUUUGCUAUCGGAGAUAACAGCUACUCCAAUCUUAAGAACAGUGCCAAGGAUCAAUGCAUAGUUAUAAGUGGAGAAAGUGGUGCCGGAAAAACAGAGAGCACCAAGUUAAUCCUCCAGUACCUGGCAUCGGCUAGUGGUCAGCACUCGUGGGUAGAGCAGCAGAUCUUGGAGGCCAAUCCUAUUUUGGAAGCAUUUGGAAAUGCUAAGACAGUCAGAAAUGACAACUCCUCGCGAUUUGGAAAGUACAUUGACAUAAAAUUCAAUAAGAAUGGAAACAUUGAGGGAGCUAAAAUCGAGCAGUAUUUAUUGGAGAAGAGUAGGAUUGUAUCUCAGAAUGAAGGAGAGAGGAACUAUCAUAUAUUCUACAGUAUGCUUGCCGGACUACCAAAGAGAGAAAAAAAAGCAGUUGGACCUACUAGACGCAAACAACUACGAAUAUCUAAGGGGCGGAAAAGUUUUAACAUGUGAUGGUAGAAACGAGGCAUCGGAAUUUUCAGACAUCAUGGCCGCAUUCAAAGUUCUCAAUUUCACGGAGAAAGAAAUGUCAGACAUAUGGUGCCUCCUUUCGUCAAUUUUGCAUGUGGGUAACAUAAGGUUCAGAAGUGGUGCUUCAAGUCAUUCAGAGACUUCCGAAAUUGCUGAUCAGGGUUUAAACGAAAAAAUAUCAAAACUGCUAGGUGUAAAUAAGUUUGACCUGACCGUAGCAUUGACCAAAAGGACAAUCUAUGCGAGUGGAGAUCAAGUGGUAGCAAAUCUGUCUAAAGAAUUUGCUUCAGAUUCGAGAAAUGCCUUUGCUAAAGGAAUAUAUGGACAACUGUUCAUAUUCAUUGUUGACAAAAUCAAUUCGGCGAUUUCGCAAGUAAAAGGGAGAGGUAGAGGAAGUAUAGGUGUACUGGAUAUUCGGAUUUGAGAACUUCAACCUCAACAGCUUCGAGCAGCUGUGCAUCAACUACGCUAACGAGAGCCUCCAGCAAUUUUUUGUCCAACACAUCUUCAAAAUGGAGCAGGAAUAUUAUACCAAGGAAGGAAUCAAUUGGUCCAAUAUCUCUUUCAUCGACAACCAACAAGUGCUAAACCUUUUGGCGGUGAAACCCUUGAACGUAUUUGCAUUGAUUGAUGAGGAAUCCAAAUUUCCAAAUGGCACGGACUUUUCUAUGUUGAGCAAGAUGCACAAGCAGCAUAGUAGUCAUGAAAGUUACUUAAAACCGAAGUCUGACAUGACGCCAUCGUUUGGCAUUCAACACUUUGCUGGGGGUGUAUUCUAUGACACUCCAGGUACGUAUAGAUUAGGAAAAAAAUCGCGACAAGUAGGAUGACUCUGCAUUUUCCACUCAACGCUCUCAUCAGCUAAUAAAGGAUUAUGUUCGGCACAAGUUAACCAAUGUGAGGAAAACAAACAUUAAUGUAUGACAAAAACAUCUAAAUGGACCCGUUCAGCCAAACAGGGCAAUAUACAUAUAUAGUCCAUUUGAUAACGCUCGAAUUU